AUGGAGCCCGAGGCAGCCUUCGGAGGAGCCCGGAGGAGCCUGGACGAGGCGCCCGGCAAAAACCUGGAUGGUCUGCUGAGCUUGCCCCCCUUCCCGGCCGGCGGUCUCUGCAGGGCAUCCAGCCCCCCAGCGCACGGCCCCUCCGGUUACGUGUCCCUGGAUGCGCCCCUGCCUCCCCUCGGCUCCGGGGAGUCUUCUUUGCACUCCAAACAGUGCAUCCCUUGUCCGGCUGUCUCACAGACGCCCUCAGCCAGCAGUACUUCGCCCUUCCCUUACGGCUGUUUAGGCGGCGGCUGCUAUUCGUACCGAGUGGCCCGCAGUGCCCUUAAGCCGUGCCCGGCCCCGCCCCAGGCCGCCUACACAGCCGAGAAGUACUUGGAGGUUUGCGGGGCUGCCGCCAGCGCGCCCGCCGCCCCAGAGGAUUAUACGACCCGCCCGGCUGAGUUCGCUUUCUACCCGGGCUACGCUGGACCUUAUCAGUCCAUGACCAGCUACCUGGACGUUUCUGUGGUUCAGACUCUCGGAGGACCUCCGGGCGACCCCAGGCACGAAACUCUCCUGCCCGUCGAUCCUUACCACGACUCCUGGGCCUUGGCCGGGGGCUGGAACAACCAAGUGUGUUGCCCCAAGGAGCCCAACCCUCCUGGGCCCUUUUGGAAAACUGCCUUUACAGACGCUGUAAGUCAAUCGCCCCCCGAGGGCUGCACCUUCCGACGCGGCCGCAAGAAGCGAAUACCGUACAGCAAAGGGCAGUUGAAAGAGCUGGAGAAGGAAUAUUCCAACAGCAAGUUCAUCACCAAGGACAAGAGGAGGAAGAUUUCCGCCGCCACUAACCUUACCGAGAGACAGAUCACUAUCUGGUUUCAGAACCGGAGGGUGAAGGAGAAGAAGGUGGUGGCCAAGGUCAAAAGCGCCACUGCCAGCGGCAGCAGCGGUAGUAGUGGAGGCGGUGGCGACGCCUCUUGA